AUGAUCCUCACUCUUUACAUGCUGCUGGGCCGCGAGGACCUGGGCACCUGGCCGCAACCAGGAAGCCGCAACCGGGAAGCCGGGACGCCGGGAAGCCAGCCGCCUAUACCGAGAUCGGCGCCGUACAUUCGCCUGCUCGUGCAGUCUCCGCUACUGAGGACACCUUCAGUGCGAGCGCUGGUUUGGGAGAUCGCUUUUGCUGGCGGGUGCCGCAAUAUUAUACAGAAGAAGCAGGCGCAGCUAUGCGAGCUCCGCAGGAAGGCGAUGCCCUCCCCGCGUGCCCGGAUCUUUGUGCAUAGCUUUGCGGAUGCUGCAAUUGUUGGCGCUGAGAGCUGA